AUGGUUCUCGCCCUGCCGCCCGAGAUGCUGCUGCUCAUCUUCUCCUUUCUCCCCGAUCUACGAAGGUUCGUGCAUCUGGCCAAUUGCGCCCUUGUGUGCCGCCGGUGGUAUCACGUCGCCAGUGACGACCUGCUGUGGCGACAUCUGGAUGCGGGCCACUACCCCAACACCCUCUCGAGCGAAAUCAUCAUUGCGCUGUGGGCCAAGCAUCCGCGCACGCUCACGCUCGCGCUCAGCAUCGUGCCCAAACUUCGCGCGGGGCACCUGACACUUGCUGAAGCAGCCGCGGUCAUGAAGAAAGCGGGCGAAGCCGUAACCGAGCUGUCCGUCGACCUGGAAGCUGCCCGCCCGCUAGCGAGGUUUCUAGACAGCGUGACCAGGUGGUGUCCCAACCUUCGGCUAUGCGAGAUCCGCUCCCCUCCUGAAUUCCUCACCUAUGACAGAGUGGUCCUGCCGAAUAUGCCCAAGCUGCGGGUGCUACGGGUCCCCGCCGACGUCAUCUCGCUCGCCGGCCCCGACGGCGACGACGGCGGUGUCAGGCUGCCCCUUCUCGAGGAGGCCGCCGAGGCCGACACCCAGCUGGGUCCACCGAACCCGGCCACAGCCCGCUGCUGGACCAGCACGCUCCGCAAGCUGCGCAUGGCGCCGCCGGACGAUAAGCACGCUACCUGGGCGCCGGCCGAGGUGCAGGCCUGCACCAGGCUGGCCGCCCUGCGCCUCCACUCGGCCACCUACGAGGACUUGGCGCGUCGGGCUGCUGCUGACGAAGGCAACGAAAAGAGCGAAGAAGGAGAUGAAGACAAAGACGACGAAGGAGUGGCGGAGUGGCUGGAUCCGGUAGAAGAGGUGUGGCAGCAGGACGUCCAGCGCAGAGCGGUGCGCAAGCUGCACAUCGCCAACGUCGCUUACGCGCUCUCGCCGCCGCUCGCAACCACCUUCCCUCAUCUACGGGCGUUGACUCUGUCUCUGGAGGCAUCCUGGAAGGACCCCUCGGGCCUGGCGCCGAUUCUCCGCGAGUGCCCCGCGUCGCUCGAGCGGCUCCGCCUGCAGUUCGGCGGCUUCCCCCACCCCGACGCCGGCCACCUGCAGGUCAUCGCCGCCCACUGCCCCGCGGGACCUGCCCUGCGCGGCGUCGAAGUGUCGUGGCCGCGGCUCGAGCGGCGGCUCGAGGCCCACCACGACCUGCUGACCUUCGCCGGCGACAUCAAGCAGUACGUGGCCAAGCACAGCGCCGGCGCGGGCAGCGGCGACCGGGUCUCGAUCGAGCUGCUCGGGCGGCUGUUGGAGGCGGCGCCCGGCCUGCGUCGGCUGCAGCUCGGCCCCAUGGCCUGCAGCCUGCAUUCCGAGGCCUUUGAGAAUGUGUCGACACCGACAACGUUCGCUUGCGCUCAGUGCGGAGGAGGCAGGAUGACGUCAACAUCCGCCCGAGUGCUGAUGUCAUCACAGCCGACGCUUACGGCGACUGCGCAGGUCAAGGCCACGACCAAGGCGUCGUUGCCAACGCCAACGAGGGCGGCCAAGCAGGCCGGGAAGACCGCCACGAUCGUGAUCAAGGACGAUGACGACGAAGUCGAAGAGAUCGACAGCACCGACGACGAUGACGAUGACGAUGAAAAACAGAAAGAGGUGAAGAGGAGCCCAGAGGGGCAUACUGUCAAGCCACGGGCCGGCAGGGAGGAGCCGCAGUCGACGUCGCAGCAGUGGAACGGGUUCGUGCGGCACAAGUCGUUCUCUUUCGCGGUGGUGCCCAAGACGCAGGCGGCGGCGGCGGCGGCGGCCGGCGACCAGAAGAAGAAGAAAUCCAGUUAUCCGGCCACGCCGGUGUGGCCGGACGCGCAAUCGCCCAACAGCAUCAUCAUGACCCGCGGCAAGGUGCCCGUCUCGGCGCAGUACUGCAGCGUGGAGUGCGAGAAGGUGGGGUGGGCGACCACCCACCGCACGCGGUGUCCGGCGAUCCUAUUCGCGCGCCUCCUCAAGAAGGCGACGGCUCUGCAAGUGCUGCAGAUGUCGCGCGUCGACCUCCGGGUGGUGGCCAUUACGUCGGCGAACCUGCGGUAUCUCGUGCUCACCCACACCGCGAUCCACACCCUUCGGCUCAACUGCCCCUCUCUGCGGAGCCUGGUGUUCAGCCACAACCAGCAAGCGAGGGAGGUGGUGCUGGAGGGCUGCGCGUCGCUGGCCGUCGUUGUGGUCGCGGCCUGCUCGCGCCUCAGCUCACUCGUUCUAUCGCCGCCCUCGUCGCGCGGCAGCGACGGCGGAGUCGAGCGGCUCGUGCUCGAGGGCUGCGCCGCGCUGACGCGUGUGGCCCUGCCGCCGGGCACCAGCCGCCGCCUGCGCCUUGUCUCCGUAUCGCUCUGCGGAGGCCUCACCUCGAUUGACCCCGUCGUCGUCGACGGCGGCGGCGCCGACUGGUCGCGGCUCUGGGUCUUCCACGCCGUCCACUCCACCGACCUUCGCCUGCCCGCCACCACUGCCGCCACCGAUGCCGCCAGCGAGUGGCGGGCGCCUAACCUGAUCGCGCUGGACCUGCCGCGGAACAAGAUCGGCGGCAACAACGAGGUGCGGCUGGUGGCGCCUAGACUGCGCACGCUAAGCGCCGACUACUCGGCCAUCGGCGACGGCUUCCUGGCGCGCAUGGCGGCCCCGCUGGACGCCCUCGAGUCGGUCUCCCUGGCCGGGUGCGGUGGGGUGACGCCCGCCGGCGUGGCGCAGCUGCUGGCCAAGGCCCCGCGGCUGGCCUCGCUCAACCUGAGCGGCUGCAGCGCCCUGACGCUGGCCGACCUCGCCCGGGUCCUCGGCGCGCGCAACAACGUCAACCCGUCGGGGCGCAAGCUGCGCGUGCGACUGGCCGGAGGUGUCGUUCCCGCGGUGGACCAAGCCGAGAUGCGCCAGCGGUUGGCCAAGCUGCGCGUCCAGCUCACCUUUGUGUAA